AUCGAGCAGCUCAAAGACUUCGGAGUCGACCAAGAUGGCGGACUGAGCGUUCUAACAGCACAUUUAGUAACACGUAUAUCACAUGUUCGUCUUUUCUGAAACCCACAGAACGUAAGUUGAGUUUGGAGCGAUGGAGUGUUACCUGAAGUGAAGAUUGAAGACGUGAUAGAAGAUGGACGACUACUGCUAUGCUAAGAUGGCGACGUCCGGUAAAAGAGAAAGUGAAAGAGAAUCAGCGCCACCAACUUCCAGCAAAUCACCAACGGAGAAAACUGCAGAUAAUGGGGAGUGAGUUGAAGUCCCCUAAUUUGAAAGCUACCAUCCGCCCUGUUGAUGAGAAAUUAGCCGACUUUAUUGAAGAAUGUCAACAAAGACUCUACCACAUGUCUACAUCAACGUGCAGAGGAUUGGAGACGUCCAGCAGCUGAUUGGUCAUCCAGAAGAAAUUUCCCUUCAACUGCUGGGGGGGAGCUCUACUUUAAAACAAGAGGAUCCCCACCCCCCAUAUAUUAAAGAGGAGGAGGAGGAUUCACAGCCCCCCCACAUUAAAGAGGAAGAGGAGGAACGCUGGAUCACUCAGGAGGGAGAGUGUCUUCUAGGGAUGCAGGAAGCUGAUCACACCAACUUCCCUCUGACUGUUGUCUCUGUGAAGACUGAAGAUGAUGAAGAGAAACCACAACCAGGCAACCUCUUAGCUCCACUAUCAGAUAGUGAGUCUGAAGACGGGGUUGAAGUAACUUUGAGCAGCGAUACAGACUGUGAAGGUGAUAUGAACACUCCCAAAGACAAAAAACACUCGAAAUGCUCUAAAAAGAUAAGAGUUAAAAAAAGUUUUAGCUGCUCAGUUUGUCCUAAAAUCUUUUCUAACAAGGGCAAUUUUACUCAACACAUGAAAACGCACAGUGGAGAAAAAACAUUUGAUUGUUCAGUUUGUGGUAAAAGAUUUUGCCAUCAGAAAGUUUUGACUGAACACAUAAGAAUACACACAGGAGAAAAACCCUUUAAAUGUUCGGUUUGCGAUAAACCUUUUUCCCGAAAAAGAGUUUUGAGCCAACACAUGAGAACACACACGGGGGAGAGACCAUUUAACUGCUCAGUUUGCGACAAAAACUUUGCUCAAAAAAGAGCUUUGAUCCAACACAUGAGAACGCACACAGGAGAAAAACCAUUUAAGUGUUCAGUUUGUGAUAAAAGCUUUUCACAGAAAAGCACUUUGAGCAAACACAGCAGAACACACACAGGAUAUAUGAACACAUAAUUAGAGUUAGAACAAGUCAUUGAGAAAGUGUUUGAGUACUUUCUUUUUUCGCUGCCGUCUGUAUGCCACACAACUGUUUUUGUAGAUGCAAAUAAAAGUCUGACUUGUUGUCAGUCAUCCUGCCUUCUUCCUGUCCAGACAACUUCACAAUAAAAAUGGCUGCCGACACUCUGAACUGGAGCAUGAACAAUCGGUGAAAAGACGGCCGGAAGCUGUACAUACGUCACAUGUUACUGGCUUGUUUAUGUUGUCGCACGCAUUCUUUGCAAUAUGUUCAUUGUGUCUUUUUUGCAACUCUUGUAAUUUCUUCAACUCCUAUCUUAAGCAGUCUGCAAUGCCGCCACAAGAUGGCAGCAGUGUUACUGCUUGAAGAGUUGUCACGUGUUCAGUCAGACACUUCUUUUUAUAGGGACUUCUAUAGCUUUUGGAGGAGAUCGGAAGUUUCAGAUAACUUGGUUGGAUUUGUUUUCUUUUGAUCUAAAGAGAAUGAUAAUGAAGUGAGUUUAGAUUUAAACUCUAAGGGGGGAAAAAAGUACAAUACUAGUAAAUAUGUACCUGUUGUCAG